UAAAGGUGGAAAAUUUGAGGAAAUAGAAAGCUUGUGGACUAGCGUUUGUGGAAAGUAAAGCAGAAGGGGCAACCAUCAUCUUCAUCAUGUUCAUGUAACAGCAAGCAGAGGGAGAGGAAGAACGCCAAGCGGAGCUCUCUCUCUCUCUCUCGCAAUCUUAUUACCCUUCUUCUGAGAGAUUGUGAUGAUGUUGAGUGGCUCACGUAUAUCGUAUCACAUACGAGAGUGUAACCACCACCACCACCAAAUCCAUUUAGGGUUAGGGUUAGGAUUUGGAUUGGGAUUCCGAACUACUCUUCACCUCUCUUCUAAUUUCAUUCCCAGACCGCCCUCCUCCUCCUCUACCGUUGCUGUUUCUGACAAUAGAUCAAAUUCUUCUUCUUCUUCUUCACGCAUUGAUCUAGGCCCUCGACCCCAGUCGACUUCCGGCCAAGCUUCUGUGCUCUCUGAUUGUUUCAGCCAACAUGAAGAUGACCGUACAACUCUGCCUGAAGGAUUGGCCUCUGUGGCAGGUGGGAUGGUAGCUUUGGGAAAGUUUGAUGCCUUGCACAUUGGCCAUCGAGAACUAGCAAUCCAAGCAGCAAAGUUUGGAGUUCCAUUUCUUUUAUCAUUUGUUGGAAUGGCAGAAGUGCUUGGUUGGGAACCUAGGGCUCCCAUAGUUGCCAAAUGUGACCGGAAGCGGGUUCUUUCCUCCUGGGCUCCAUACUGCGGUAACAUGAUACCUACAGAACACGAAGUUCAGUUUUCAAAAGUUCGGCACCUCUCCCCACAUCAGUUUGUUGAGAAGUUAUCAAAAGAAUUUGGAGUGCGAGGAGUUGUGGCAGGUGAAAAUUACCGGUUUGGAUACAAAGCAGCAGGUGAUGCAUCAGAGCUGGUGAGGCUGUGCAAGGAGUGUGGCAUGGAGGCAUACAUAAUAAAGUCUGUCAUGGACCAGAACCAGGACUCGAAGAACAUAGGCUCUACCGACUCUAAGGAACUAGGGCAAGUCUCGUCUACACGCGUGAGGUAUGCUCUGGCCAAUGGAAACGUGAAGUAUGUCUCAGAGCUGUUGGGUCGCCAACAUCGUCUUGUAUUGAUGGUUAAAGAUGAGAAAUGGUCGAUUAGCAGUCAAAAUAGGGUGUCUGCUAGAAGAUCUUGUCUGUUAAACCUUGCACCCAAGGACGGGCUAUACAAUAACUGUCAUCUUAUCACUGCCGAUGAUGAAAAUGUAGGGAGAUGCAGGGUAAAGCUGGAUGCCACUGGUAUACAUUUGGAAUUGGAUGAUGAUAUAAUGGGUGUUUGUAAUCGAAUUGUUUCUCAAGACUUCCAUUGCUUGGGAAUUGACUUUGGUUGGUAAGCAAUGUGAUUCUUUGGGUGCCA